GGGCGUGGUUUGAUCGGUGGGCGUGGCCUGAGUGGGCGUGUCCCGCAGGAGGAAGAGGAGGAGGAGGAAGAGGAGGAGCGAGGCCAAGGGGGCGGAGCCAAAGCCCCGGGGUUGGGGGGAGGGCGGCGCUACGUCCCGCCCCGGCUGGUGCCCGUCAGCUGCGAUCCGGCUCCGGAUCCCGAAUCCCGAUCCCGCUCCCGGCUCCGGCUCCGGGCUUUGAGCUCGGCCGCGCUCCGGGAGCUGCGCCAGGAGUUGGGGGAGGGGCCCCUGGAGGAGGGGGCGGGGCUGCAGCCCCCGCAGCGCCAGGAGAUCCAGAGGUUUCCGCCGUCGCCGCUGAAAUCGCCAAUAAAACGUCGUGGCCUCGUUUGCAUCUCAUUUGCAUCUCGUUUGCAUCUCGUUUGCAUCUCGUUUGCAUCCGUCUGA